AUGGCGGACUAUUCUAACCUUCCAGACUUUGACUCGCUUCCCAAAGUCGAGGGCAUGCCUCAGGGCUGUGCCUGGGGCGUCUUCGAUAAGGAUGGGAAAAAGGACCACCUCGGCUGCAUAAACCUCCUCACCCCGAAAGUCGUGCAAGAGGCCUUCAAAGAAGCCCGCGAUGGCGUCUCCGUAUCGCUCAACUGGCCCAUUGGCGCCAUCAACAAGCCGGGCUUCCAAAGAAAAGGCCUGGAACACAAGGUCUUCUCCUUCAAGGAAGGACCCUUCGACCUGUACGGGUUUGACGACGAGGUCGAAUUCAACACCCAAUGCUCCUCACAAUGGGACAGCCUGGUACAUUAUUGCCAUCAACCCACUGGUUGCGGCUACAAUGGGGCCAAGCCAGCCCGCGAGCAGCUGGUGCAGGGCUUCGGCAACGUCGACCUUGACAAGGCCUUGCCAACCUUGAACCACUGGCACGACCGUGGUGGCCUUGUGGGACGGGGUGUCCUUCUCGACUACCGCGCCUAUGCCGAAGCUAAGGGAAUCAAGUAUGACUGCUUCGAUUCACACGCCAUCUCGGUGCAAGAUCUCGAGGCCGUGGCCGCUCACCAAGGCACGAAGUUCAAGCACGGCGACAUCUUGAUCGUUCGAUCCGGGUUCACAGAGGACCUCGGGGUGGUGGGUGCCGAAGAACAAGAACGCAUGCUGGGGACCCAUAAGGCUGUGGGUGUCAAGGGGUGUAAGGAAACGGCGAAGUGGGUGUGGAAUCACCAUUUCGCUGCCGUCGCGGGAGACGCGAUUGCGUUUGAGGUGCUUCCUCCCUCAAUCGAGGAGGACGGGAACCGGCCAGGCACGAUUGCAGAACUUGUUCUCCAUCAAUACUUCCUCUCCCUCUUCGGCCUCAACAUCGGCGAACUCUGGGACCUCAAGAAACUCGGCGAGCAUUGCAAGAAAGUCGGGCGGUACGAGUUCCUCUUGACGAGCGUGCCGUUGAACGUCCCCGGUGGAAUCGGAAGUCCGCCGAACGCACUUGCGAUUUUCUAG